GGAACAGUCUGGCUCUACCUCUACCGACCUAUCUGUGUCAUUCUCUUACAAAAGCGGAAGUAAUAAACGAGCAACUAUUUUGAAUCAACUUCUGAUUCCAUUGGUUCAGACGGGAUGGAAAAACUGCACUGUUCGGGGAAAUAAUAAAACUUUUCGAAUAAUAUUUUUUUUUUGUGAAAUAUAAGUGAUGAUCUGAAAAAGUGACAUCUAACGGAUGAAAAUUGACCGACUAAUAAUAAUAUUGAAGCAGACACUUUCAAUAAUCUGUCAAAUCCAACAAGUGUUACACCAAAAUUUGCUUAAAACUUUGGCAUCGAUUCAAAAAUUUUAUACCGUUUCAUGAAACUGGUUUCAUUCAUGCUGAUGAUUUCCCGGUGAUGGUGGAGGAUUACUUGGAAUCUCUUGUAACUAGAAAAUGACGAUUAAUCCUAGAAGAAUCUUGUGUCUGAGUGGGAAACGCAAGAGCGGAAAGGACUAUAUCGCUGAACUUUUGCACGCUGGAAUACCAAAUAGUAUCAUCAUCAGAAUAUCUGCCCCUAUUAAAAAAUAUUGGUCUGAAUCAAAAGGAUUAGAUAUGGAUAAGCUUAUGAGUGAUGGUGCGUAUAAAGAAAAAUAUAGAACUGAAAUGAUAGUUUGGGGAGAAGAGAAACGUGCACAGGAUUCUGGAUUCUUCUGCAGAACUGCAAUUGAAAUGUUGAAAGGCAGUGAUUUUCCUGUUUGGAUUGUAUCUGAUUUAAGAAGAGAAACAGAUCUGAAAUUCUUCCGCGACACAUACCCCAACCGUGUUACCUGUGUUAGGAUAUCCGCAUCGUCUGAAGCGAGAGUAAAGAGAGGCUUUGUUUUUGCAGCUGGUGUAGAUGACACUGAAUCUGAAAAUGGACUAGACCACAUUCAGGAUUGGGAUGUUUGUUUCCAAAAUGAUGGUGAUCAUCUGCUCUUGCAAGGCAAUCUCGACCAUUUGACCCGAAUUUGCCAAGAAUCAUUGUAGCUUUAACGAAAGCAUUUUGUAGCCAUUCAAUGCGACGCAUUCGUAGUAUCUCAUUUGACUCGUUUAAUACACUUUAUUUCGAGAUUA